AUGCCUUCCACUUCUGCGGGCGAUCAGACGGCGAGCUCUACUCACUUCCGCAAUGGUAUCACCAGCCCUGGAAGUCCGGGCUCCGAAGCCGACUCGACCAUCAAUAGCACCGCUUUCGCCUCCAGCGUCCUCGCUUCGCGGCUGGGCAGAGGUAUCUACUCAUCCGCAGGUGCGGCAAGCUCAUCCCUCAGCCUUUCCGUCUCUGGAUUCAAUUCACCGGCGCUCGCUCUGACUGGCUUCAACGCCGUCUCGACCGUCCUGAACAACCCAUCCAAGCGCCAGCAUCCCAUCGAUCCAAAGUCAUCUCGCUUCCCGCCCGUAACACCGAAUCAUGUCCCCGCCGACAUCCCAAAGGUCAAAAAGGCCGAGCUCGACUCCUACUUGUCCUCUGUACGACCAGAGUGGGACCGCUUCAUGCGCAAUCAGAGCAUGGGUCGGCAGGGCAAGGCCACCAUCGAACAGCAACAGCAGCAGCAACGGCAACAGCGACGCUCUUCCGCCCACGAUUCCUCGCACGAUUCGGAACCACUAGGCCAGCACACUUCACGGCACCGAUCCACGAACAGUAUCGCUUCUCUUUCCUCCGACCUUCAGGCUGUUCCACCGCCUCAAGCUCGGAAGCGUCUCCCCAACCUCAGUGCUGUACCCCAGGUCUUCUUCUCCGAGGAGUUCGACCUCGGCAAUCCGUACACUUUCGACCAAGUCACCGAACGCUACAAGGUCGCUACCACGUCCCCUUCAGAGCAGAAUGGAGGUGCUCCUGAAUACGAUGUUGCGUUGAAUGAGAUGCUCCAAGAGAAGCUCAGCUACUAUUCCGACGUCAUCGAGCAGCAUCUGAUCAUCGAGAUCGGCCAGCAGUCGUCCUCCUUCUUUGCCGCCCUUGAGAACCUCAACGAUCUCAAUGCCGAGGCAGAGAGCUGCCUUCGCAAGAUCGACCAUCUCAAGUCCGAGCUCGAACACAUCGACGAGAACCAAGCGAAGAAGGGCCUCAAAGUUGUUCAGCAACAGCAGCACCGACGACAGCUCGAACGCAAACAGGCCGUAGUCCAGGACGUCCGCCAGCUGGUCGAGCGUCGCGAUCUGGUUCAACUUCUCUUACAGCAGGGCGAGACCGAAGAAGCGCUUGAUCUACUCAACAAACUCAGGUCUACUCUCCGCCGCACCGAUGGCCACGAUGGGCCAGUCAAGACUGAUAUGAACGGCGCAACAAGGACAGACCCUGUGAUCACACUCUCUAACCUGCAAUGUCUGGCAAGCGUCUCUCCGCAGCUCCAUGAAAUGGAACAGGCCUUGUCCGGUAUGCUGGAGCAAAAUCUCGUUGCGAUCCUUCGACAGGACAUCGAAACGCGACUUGAAAACUUUUCCCAGAACCGGAAUGCUUCCACUUCAUCGGCGGACGGCAACAUCUACUUUGCCACUGACUCGGUUCAGUCCGGCGGUCUCACGCUUCAAUCAGAAACCACAGCUUCAGAGCCACCGCUUACACCGGCAAAGACACCGACAUCGCCUUUUGGCCACUCCGCUCGCACUCUUUCUUCGCACGACUCCGACUUGGCCUCCCGCAUUGCGCCGCUCGUCGUUGGGCUCGCCAGAACCGAAGGCAUUGAAAAGGCAGUGACAUCGUACCGUGAUGUGGCCAUUCGAGCAGUCAGGGAGACGUGGAAGGAGACGCUGUCGCAGUCCGGCGAAGAAAUGGCGGAGACGGUCAAGUGGCUCCUUGCCGAGGAUCUGCCCAAGUACGACGACCACGACGACUUGCCAGCACCUGCCGCACGCAUUAGAGAUCUCGAGCAUGGCACCUUCCUCAACGUGAGCCGAAAUCUAUUCGAGACGCUGAUGGAGUGCCUCAAGGGCGUUGAUGCUCAAUGCACACUCGUCCUACGCAUCUUGAACGGUCUGGCUUCCGAAUCGUCGUCGAGCCAUGGUGAGACAACAGCGGUAGGUGACGACAAGGCCGAUCCUCUAUCGUCAGGUGUCGCUCCCUCAACCAAGCUACCCUCACCGCCCACCAUGCCAAGAGGAGUUCCGACCGCUCUGCCAGCCAAGCUUUCCGACGUGGUGGUUGCUUCAGCCGAACAGGCGCACAGUCUGUGCGCACGUCUGCUCACACUUCGAGCCACAACGCAUGCAGCCCUUGAGUUGCCGCCCUUCCUUGUCGUCUUCCAGCUCUGCUGGAGCUUCGUACUGUCUUCCGAACAGCUCUGCCGAAAGAUGAUCGUUGGCUUGCGAGGCACCGUCCUUGGUCAGGCCAAGGGCUUCCUUGCUAAUUUUCAUCGUCGACGCAUUGAGCGCGCCGCCAAGGCGGUCGAAGAGGAGACAUGGGCGCAGGCAGACGUUGGCGCGCAUAUUCAGAGUCAAAUCCGACAGAUCGUCAGCAGUGCCGUCCAAGACCCCUCCGACUUUGUCGUCACUGCCGGCGACGGUCAGUCGGACGCGACAGUGGAGGCGACAGGAGAUACCGAUGUGGAUCAAGCAGCCAGUUCGACCAAAACAUUGGACAUCGAGGAUCGGCAGUACUUUGUCGUGCAUGCCAGUCUCGAUGUGCUGGCGCUGCUCGUCGACUAUCUCAAAGUCGUGAUCAACUUGCCUUUGCUCACCACGGAAGCCAUGGCGAGGGUGGUCGAAUUUCUCAAGCAGUUCAACUCGCGAACCUGCCAGGUCGUGCUCGGUGCUGGUGCCAUGCGAUCCGCUGGCCUCAAGAACAUCACCGCCAAACAUUUGGCGCUGGCGUCACAGUCGCUGUCGAUCAUGAUCUCGCUUAUCCCCUACAUUCGCGAAACAGUGCGCAGGCACCUGUCGCCAAAGCAAGCCGUCAUGCUCACGGAGUUUGACAAGCUACGUCGCGAUUUCCAGGAGCACCAGUACGAGAUUCACGCCAAGCUCGUCGCCAUCAUGUCGGAUCGCCUCACGGUGCACUGCCGCACGCUGAGUGCACUCGAUUGGAACGCAGACAAAGCGGCCGCCGACGAGAAGCCACAAGAAGACGAAAACAAAGACGCUGAACCGAACAGGUACGCUGCGGAUCUGGUAAAGGAGACUGCGACACUGCACAAGGUGUUGAGCAAGUAUCUCCAGCCUGUCGUUGUAGAGCAUGUCAUCGGCCAGGUGUUGCGUGCCACAGAUGCACGUAUCGCUCAAGAGUUCGAGAAGAUCCCGAUUAAAAAUCAGCGGGCCAUUGAUCGCAUGCAGACCGAUGUUCGCUAUCUUGAGACCAAAUUGUCCGUCCUCAAGCACGUGGAAUGGAAGGACGAAGCCCUGCAACAGGUCCUGGCUACCAAGCACGUCCCCCAUGCGGCGCCGGCCGUGAAUGUUUCCGCGUCCACCGGACCCUCGACUCCGAAUAGCGAGUCUGUUCCAGGCUCGCCAGCCCUCGACAAGCCUGCAGCUUCGCCAUUUGGGCCGGUGACGUACAAGCCGCGAAUCCCGAACAUUUUUGCUCGGCGUCAGCAACAACAGCUGAACCAGUCCGGCAGUCCUCGAGCCUCCACCGACGUGCCACCGAGUUCUACACCAGGUGAGACGCAGCGAUCAGUGGAGUCGACGCCGCGCACCAGCCUGCAGAUCCAGCAGCAGCAGCCGGCUAGCGCAACACUAGGGAGCCAGCAGGCGGCAAGUUCCGCUCCCGAGUCGUCCAAGGGGCUCUCGACAUCGGUUGCAAGGAGCAUCGAGGAAGAAGCCAGCGGCGUACCGCCCACGCCGCCGUCGAAGGGCCAUGAGAUCCAGUCGACAGCUUCUGUAAUCGUCCAGACGGGGGACACGGAUGCAGGAGAGGAAGAAGAUCUUGUGGCGCCGGUUGUUCCUGCUCCCGAAGCAGUCGCAAGGGUGCUCGAGGAGGGAGGCAAAUUUUCUUCUGACCUCGCAGACCCUUCUGCGGCCCCUGAGGCGGGCGACGCGAUCGAGCCCGUAAAGAAGGCAACUCCGAACGAGGCUGCAGAUACCGGCCAUAGUCCCCAAGAUGAGCAAAGCCAAGCCAAUGCAGAUGCUGCUACUCCCGUCGCCUCGCACGACGGGGCACAGGAUCAAGCCACGCAGGUGGCUAAGACGACCACCACGAAGCCAGAUGAGGCCUCAGAUGCGGGAAUCAAGACGUCCUUGGUCAGCGCCUCGGCCGGCUUGGGGGAGAGCGAGACACGUAGACCUUCGACACCCAAGAAGGACAGCUUUUCUGCGGCGGCAGUUGCAGCUGAGGCAUCCCCGGCUCGUAGCGGUGCUUCGACGCCAGCAGGAACGCCAGUCAAGCUUGGGAGAAUGUCAUUGAAGGAGCGACUCGCUGAAGCCGCAAGGAAGCGAGCUCAGCAGUCUUCGUCGGCGGCUCGACCCAGCAGCCAACCUGAAGCUCCGACGACUACCACCGCCGCUGCACAACCAUCCGAGACGGCACUUGUCGAUCUCGCUGCUGCAGCAGCGGAUACGACUCUUCCGGAGGCCAACGUCGCAGAAAACAUCGACCAGUCAAGUGCGAGCGAGCCAUUGGCCGAAAGUCAACCUCAAAAACAAAAUUCACUGGGAACAGUUGGCAACGCGCAGCAGCUCAAAGAGUCGGAAGAGCCGAAGAGAACCUCCGAUCCUCUCACGAAAACAGCCGCUGGUGAGACCCGCGCAGAUUCUGCUGCUGAAGCAUCGGAGAAAGCGGUCGUGGAUGCUUCGAAGGAAGCAGAAGCGAGUGAGCUGGGCCCGACGAGUGACAGCGCUGCAGCACAGCCCGCCGACGAGCAAGCUGCGAAGGUGGAUGGCGACGCCUCAAGGAUCCCUUCACCGACUGAUACCACGGAACCCUCCGAGCAAGUUCCGGAUCACGCUGUGACACCAGCAGAAGCACAUGUUGAUCGAGAAGGCGACAAUGAUGACGAUGGCGAUAUCAAUGGCGACGAUGCGGAAGGAGAAGCGGAUGGCGAUGCGAACGAGACCACCAACGAUUCGGCUCCUGGAGGUGGCUCUGGCUCGAGCAGCAAAAAGAACAAGAAGAAGAAGAAAAAGGGCAAGAAGAAGUAG